UGUGUGUAUAUACACAAAUAUCGAAUCGAAUGCAUGCAUGUUUUCAAUGUGCAUAAGAUUUCUGAUGUUUCUGUUUUGAUUUUUUUUUUCAAAGAUUUAUUCUGUAAAAAAAAAUGACCGAAUAUUCUACAAGUAUUGAACAAAAACCACCACCAGAAUCAUCAUCAUCAUCAUCAUCAUUGUCAGUAUGUCUGCCACAGAAACGUUAUUAUCGCCAACGUGCACAUUCAAAUCCAAUUGCUGAUCAUUUUUUCGAUGAUUAUCCAAUAACCCCGGAUGAUGUUGAUUGGUCAUCAUUUUAUCCAUUGUAUAUGAAUAAUGAGAAUGGAUCAAAAGUAGAAUUUCUUGAUAUUGGAUGUGGUUAUGGUGGCCUAUUGAUUGAAUUAUCAUCAUUAUAUCCUGAAUCAUUAAUGUUGGGCAUUGAAAUCAGACAAAAAGUAUCCGAUUAUGUUGUUGAACGUAUACGUGCAUUACGUGUACAAAAUCCAGGCAAAUAUAAUAAUAUCAAUUGUAUACGUAGUAAUGCAAUGAAAUAUAUGCCAAAUUUUUUCAACAAAUCACAAUUAUCGAAAAUAUUUUUCCUAUUUCCUGAUCCACAUUUUAAAAAACAAAAACAUAAAUGGCGUAUUAUUAGUCCACAAUUGUUGACUGAAUAUGCAUAUUUUUUACGUAUCGAUGGCCGUGCUUAUUUUGCAUCCGAUGUUAAAGAAUUAUUUGAUUGGAUGUAUAAACAUUUUGAUGAUCAUCCAUUAUUCAUUCAAGUCCAGGAUUCGGAUAAUGAUGAUGAUCCGGUGGUCAAAAAAUUUACACUAACUGAAGAAGGAAAAAAAGUAACACGUAAUGGUGGCCAAAUUUGGCAUGCUGUAUUUCGACGUAUUGAUGAUCCAAAAGAUCAACAUAACAAAGAUUGAAAAAUUUUUUUUCCAAAAUAAAAAAUUUUAUUUUCA